AAACUUGUGCGGCAGGAAGGGCGCGGGGGGCGGGAGCAGCAGCUCCUCCUCCUGCGCUGCGGGCCCGCCGGCGCUGGGCGACGAGCGGCAGCGGCGGGGCCCCAUGCGGCGGCCGGGACGGUGCUCUCCGCCGCCCGGCCCCAGCAGCAGCAGCACCAGCAGCCACCGCCGCCGAUGACCUGGACCAGCAGCAUGAGCAGCGGCUACAGCAGCCUGGAGGAGGAGGAGUCCGAGGAGUUCUUCUUCACCGCCCGCACCUCCUUCUUCAGGAGGCCGCCGGGCAAGACCCGGGCCGCCCCGCAAGAUGUUGAGAAGGAGAGAGAACCUCAUGUUUAUCUCAGUAAAGAAGAAAUUAAAGAGAAGAUACAAAGCUAUAAUUCAUCUGUCACUGAUAAAUUAAAGAUGACCUUGAACGCAAACGGGAUUUACACUGGCUUCAUCAAAGUUCAGAUGGAACUAUGCAGACCAAUCACUGUGCAGUCUUCCCAGAGCCAGGGGAGAUGUGCUCCCAGCAAUAACCAAACUGCCUUUUACUUGCCGGAUGGCUGCAUCAAUACCCUUCACAUCAGCAGCACCAAUACUGUUCGUGAAGUAAUUGAGGCUUUGCUCAAAAAGUUUUUGGUGGCUGACAACCCUGCCAAGUUUGCACUUUAUAAACGCUGUCACAAGGAAGACCAAGUUUAUACAUGCAAGCUGUCAGACCGAGAACAUCCCCUCUACCUGCGUUUGGUGGCAGGUCCCAGAACAGAAAUGCUCAGUUUUGUUCUACGCGAGCAUGAAACUGGAGAAGUCAUGUGGGAAGCUUUUAGUAUUCCUGAACUGAAAAACUUCUUGCGUAUACUGGACAAAGAAGAAAAUGAGCAACUGCAAAUCUUAAAGAAGCGUUAUGCGACUUACAGAGAAAGACUUGAAGAAGCCCUUGGUGGGGUGUGGAAACCUGGUUAAAAGGGGGCCAAAGGACACUCAGGAAAAUGCACGCUACCGAAUGUCAGUAUAGCAUGCCAAACCCAAUGUACAAAGAGCAGCAGAGAGUAGUUUUCUUUAUUUGGAAGACUGUUUUGUGAUGCCGGGGUACCUGAAUUUUGCUAUAGACUUAGUUCCAUAAGCCAGGUCACUUAGCAUCUUGCACCCAUAAGUAAGGGAUUCUGCAUGUUUGUACAUCAGUUUGCAACCCUCUGUGUGCCUAGGGAGUUUUCCAAGUUAUCUUGGUGCAAGCUGUGAAACUGUAAUCCAUUUUCUAGGAUGCUAUGAAAUAAGAUUUUAUUUUAUUUUUCUUCUUUGCUUUAAUGGUAGCUUUACAAGUAAGGAUGUGCAAAUUGAUGGGUUAAAAAAUGAAUUAAACUGUCUGGAAAAUAA